AUGGCUCCGGUGUUGUGUGGACCCCCAGCUUACCGCACCGAUGACUGCCUGCCGUGGGUGCUGCCGGUCGUCAAGAAGGUGGAGCGGCUGAUCGUGGAGGACAGCAGCCUCAACCACGAGUACCUGCCCAUCCUGGGCCUGCCCGAGUUCCGCUCCGCCGCCUCGAAGGUGGCCCUGGGAGACGACAGCGCCGCCAUCAAGGAGAACAGGGUGGGGGGGGUCCAGGCUCUGGGUGGGACCGGGGCUCUGAGGAUCGGGGCGGAGUUCUUGCGGCGCUGGUACAACGGCGUCAACAACACGGCCACGCCCGUCUACGUCUCCGCCCCCACAUGGGAGAACCACAACAGCGUGUUUGCCGACGCUGGGUUUAAGGACAUCCGGCCGUACCACUACUGGGAUGCGGCCAACCGGGGACUGGACCGCGCCGGCUUCCUGGACGACCUGGAGAAAGCUCCGGAACACUCCAUCUUUGUGCUCCACGCCUGCGCACACAACCCCACCGGCACAGACCCCACCCAGGAGGACUGGAAGGCCAUCGCGGAGAUCAUGAAGAGGAGGAAUCUGUUUGUGUUCUUCGACUCGGCCUACCAGGGCUUCGCCUCCGGCAGCCUGGAAAAAGACGCCUGGGCCAUCCGCUACUUUGUCUCCGAGGGCUUCGAGCUCUUCAUAGCUCAGUCCUUCUCCAAAAACUUCGGCCUUUACAAUGAGAGAGUGGGAAACCUGACGGUGGUUGCCAGGGACAACGAGAACCUGUCCCGCAUCCUGUCCCAGAUGGAGAAGAUUGUGAGGACCACCUGGUCCAACCCGCCGUCCCAGGGGGCGCGCAUCGUCAGCAAGACCCUGAACUGCCCCGAGCUGUUUGCAGAAUGGUACGCCCCCACCCCCCCCACCAUCACAUGGAAGGACAACGUGAAGACCAUGGCCGAGCGGGUCCUGCUGAUGAGGGACCAGCUGAGGAGUAAGCUGGAGACUCAGGGCACCCCGGGGACCUGGAACCACAUCACCCAGCAGAUCGGCAUGUUCAGCUUCACCGGCCUGAACCCCAAACAGGUGGAGUUCAUGAUCAAAGAGAAGCACGUGUACCUGAUGGCCAGCGGGCGCAUCAACAUGUGCGGCCUGACCACCAAGAACAUCGACUACAUCGCCCAGUCCAUCCACGAGGCGGUCACCAAAGUCCAGUGA